CACCAAGUCCCACCCUUUCCGUCUGAGUAAGCUAGGGGACUUCCGCUGCUUCCUCAAACAUGGCGACUUCUAGGCUAGAAAUUAAUUUUAUUAGAUUAUUGUCCCGGUGCGAAUCUAUCGCAUCGGAGAAACGGGGGGAAACUGAAUGGAGACUAGAAAAGUAUGUUGGUGCACUUGAAGAGAUGCUGGUGGCUUUGAAGAAGAGCUCUAGUAAACCUACCCCAGAGAUAUUGACAGACUACAGUCGAAAAGUGGAUUUUCUUAAAGGACUUUUAGAAGCUGAGAAACUGACAUCCCCAACCGAGAAAGCUCUUGCCAAUCAGUUCUUGGCCCCUGGUCGAACGCCCACCAUAGCCAAUGAGAGGAUGCCAGCCAGCAAGACGGUGCACAUGCAGACGAAAGCACGCUGCACCGGGGAGAUGAGAAACGAGCUGAUGGGAAAUGGGUCGUCAAGCACAGACGGUAAAGAAACAGACUUACGACAGAGAAGGGGCCUGCCGGUGGACGAGAAGCAGUCGGCCGCGGAGCUGGACGCCGUGCUCCAGCACCACCACAACCUCCAGGAGAAGCUGGCCGAGGACAUGCUCAGCCUGGCUCGCAACCUGAAGAACAACACACUGGCCGCCCAGAGCAUCAUCAAGCAGGACAACCAGACCCUGAAGCAGUCGAUGAGGCACGCCGACCUGAACUUCGAGAAGCUGAAGACCGAGUCGGAGCGCCUGGAGCAGCACACCAAGAAGUCCGUCAACUGGUUCCUCUGGCUCAUGCUCAUCCUGGUCUGCUUCACCUUCAUCAGCAUGAUCCUCUUCAUCAGGAUCUUCCCCAGGCUCAGAUGAUGAUCCUUGCCGUCGGUCCCGCUGUGCCGCGGAGCGCCGCUGCGUGUGUCUUUCGUAUGUAGGGAGGGUGGCCAAUCGGGAACGGCAGGCGCUGCAUGAUCCUACCGCCAGAUGAACCGGGGCGUAACAGAUAGCCUUAACAGGGAUCCAUUGUUGUCUGUUAGCAGUUUGCGGUAACUUGGCCCCGUCGCUAGUCGAGAUUAAGAUGUCAUUGACUGCAAACAGUGUGAGUCAUGCCGUUGCUCGUGUUUCUGCGGAAGCAGGCUGAAUGGUUUCCCCCUGUCACGCCUCAGAUAGUCCCGCCCUCCUCCUGGAGCGCUCGUAGGACAGGUAGAGCAUCAACCUAAAUAUACCUCCUCUAGUGUUUGUUUGUCAUUAUGUUCCUUCUUUGAUUAGUGUCAGUGUGAGCAGGGAACUGACUGCCCGUGCACUCUUCGUUUUAGUACGACUGCACGUGCAAAGCUGAUUAAAUGUUAAUACGAAUGACGCUGCAUCUGACCAACGUGAUUUCAUCUCUGCUUGUGCGAUUGUGCUUGUGACACUCGACUGUCCUGUAGUUCGACGUUGGGAAAAUGACAGAAAACACGCAUAAGUAUCGGCUGAUUUUAUUUAAUUUUGUCCUGUAGUGCCUUCUGUUUUUUUUUUUCUUUUUUUUGCAGCAGCAGGGGAACUUGAGCCCCGGCCUCACAAGAGGUUGCUGGGGUUCAGAAAGCGGGAGGCGGGCCAGGGUGUAGCUGGCAGGCUGUGGCACCCCCCGGCACCCCAGAUUAUACCGCGACUCCAUGACCCGCGAAAGGAAAGCGGUCUUCCCUCGCCCGUCGGCGGGGGGGAGGGGGGCGCUCAGCUAUCGGUUUGGGGGGGGGGGGAUUAAUGCAGGACAGCGGCUGAUCGCAGUGGGACCUGGAGAUAUAGCGGAGCUUUGGAGGUUUCCGAUAGCUGGCCGUCCUGAAAAAGCUCUGCGGGGGCCAGGCGCUGGGGGGUUAUUCUGGGAUCACGCGCACUUGUCCGGGCUUGCUGCUCUGGCUGCACCACCGUACGGCUUGGAGGGAGGGCGGGCAGAAGGGAGGGGGCGGGGGGCAGUUCUGUUCCGGGAUCUGCUGGAGAUAUUUUUGAAUCUCAGAAGUACGUGCAUCGCCCGGAAAGGUGCCUGACACCAAAACCGCCUUCCGCCACACAGCCUCCAGGCCUCCUCUGCUGUGACUGAGGCUUUCUGCAGCAGGACUGAACUUCACUUGGUCUAAAUACAGUACACAUAACACGGGGCAAUUUUGGGUGAGGUUUGGACAUCCCGCUGGCCAGUUCCACAUGGCACAGUCAUCGCUCUACGUACGUUAUCCCUGAGGUUAGCGUCAUUCGGUCUGCGAACGUCUAAAGCUCUGCGUCUCCCUGCAUGCUUUUCUUCAGUAGUAUUUACCCCAUGCAUUUUUUUUCUGCCCAUGAUUGGCAUCGACUGUAGAAGAUGUCCGUUGAUGUGAGAGUUGACGGAUCCUAUUGAAAUUCAGCCAUUGCCUUCCCGUGCAGUCCUUGUGUUUGUUCUCCUUGAUUGCCCAAUCUGCCGAAUCCGCAGUUGUGUUCUGCGUUCCCCGGGAGCGAUGCAGUCUACACAGCGCUCAGAACUUCACGUUCUGUCUGAAUCAAAUUGUAUUGUGAAAGUAUCUUAUUUUAAUAAAUAAUUUGAAAUCCCUUUCA